GGGAAAGAGGUUUAUAAAUCCUCAAAGUAAACUGCCGGAACUUUAAGAAGCGUCAGUACUGAGUUGAGUUGGCUAUUAUUUAAAAUAGGCCUAUUUAUUUAUUUACAAAACACCUUUAGUCUCAUUGAGGCUAUCCAAACUUGUCAGGUCAGUUAGUCUGUCCAUAAUUUAUUUGAAAAGUAAUUUUUGGCAACUUGCAGGAGGAGCAUCAUCAUGUAUCCAGAAACUACGAUGGGGUACAGCUUUGAGGAGUGCAGUGCUACAGCUGAAUGGCUCCUGUCCCAGACAAAGAUACGCCCCCUGGUGGGGAUAGUGUGUGGCUCAGGCUUGGGAGGCCUGGCAGAAAUGCUGAAAGAUCAGACAGCAUUUAAAUACAGCGACAUUCCUAACUUCCCCCAGAGCACAGUGCAUGGUCACGCUGGCAGGUUGGUGUUUGGCAUGCUGAAAGGGAAAGCGUGUGUGUGCAUGCAGGGAAGAUUCCAUCUAUAUGAGGGAUACCCCAUCCAGAAGGUCACAAUGCCCAUGCGGAUUUUCAAGCUGCUAGGUGUGGAGACGGUCAUCCUGACCAACGCAGCUGGAGGCCUCAAUCAGGACUACAAGGUUGGGGACGUCAUGAUCAUCAAAGACCACAUCAACAUGCCUGGGUUCGCUGGGAACAACCCACUGGCAGGACCCAAUGAUGAAAGAUUCGGAGUUCGGUUCCCCUCCAUGUCUGAUGCGUAUGAUAGGGAACUUCUGCAGCUGGCACAAUGUGUGGGGGCGGAGCUUGGCUUUGGUGACUUCCUGAGAGAGGGAGUGUACUGCGUGCUGGGCGGGCCCUCGUUCGAAACCAUCGCUGAGUGUCGUAUGAUGAACCGACUGGGGGCUGACGCUGUGGGCAUGAGCACAGUGCACGAGGUGAUUGUAGCGCGUCACUGUGGGAUGCGGGUGUUCGCCCUGUCCCUGAUCACCAACCAGGCUGUGAUGGAUUACGACAGCCAGGAGAAGGCCAACCAUGAGGAGGUCCUAGAGACAGGCCAGCUGAGGGCAGAGCAGCUAGAGAAACUGGUGACCAACAUGGUGACCCACAUAGAGCACAACAAUAACGACGCCUGAUAACUCUGACUGACCCUGGUUCCACCGUGUCUGUGUCUGUGUCUGUGUGUGGGGUUGUCUGGCCAAGACAGGCUGUUCUCAGGACUCCUUCGGCUUCUUUUUCUGUACUUUAACAUUCUUCAAGGUAGCUGUUGAAUCAUUGUUUAAUGUGUGUUGUGAAAACAUGCCAAUUUGGAGUAAAAUACUAUUAUAUAAUGUACCCUGCACUAAACGUUUAUAAAUAUAGAGCUGUAUUGAGGUGAAUUGACAAUUAUUUAAUGUAUUAACUUGAUCAUUUAGUAAAUUAAUAUUUAUUUUUGUUCAGUUCAGAAAUACUUGCACGUUGUACAUUCCCUAACAAGUGUGACUAAUAUUUAGAUUUUUUAAUUAUAUGAUAUAGGUGAAGUAAAUUACCUAAACGUAAGGGUGUUCCCAUUACAUAGUGAUAUAGUAGACUACAGUAACCUGGGCUCUAAAGUGCGACCAAUUUGGUCGCAUAUGCAACAAAAUAUUUAGCUGUACGACCUGCAGUUUUAAUUUGGGAGAACUAGUGCUACCCAAAAAAAAGCCAAUAUGUAUGUAUUUUUAUAAUAAUUGUUGCAAUGAUUCACUGUACCUUUGUUUCCCGAGCGCAGAUUCGUUAGCGUGAUGCUUGCACCAUUACUACAGCUAGAAAUGCUUGUUUCUAGCACAAACAGUUCGAAGGAUCUGACCAUAUUAACCUUAUUCUCUUCCUGUGAGGAGUGGGGGGCCGCAUUUUACAUCCCUAAACCAUGUUACGGGCCAUGCUAAAAUUAUUUGCGGGCCGUUAACCAUUUGUUCUACACCUUGUUCAGUCAUGUUUGUUACCUCAUUAGCUAGUUAUCUAACUUUACCAGUAUAUUCAAACAUUUGGGGGCACAUAAAGAAAGGGAAAAGGAUAGCUUCUUCAGGAGAUCAAUGAUCCUAGGAAAGAUGGUUUGGUAUGAAGAUGCCUAGAAACUGCUUCUCCGAUAGUAGAAAUCCCCGAUCACGCAGGCGAUGUCAUGGCGACGUUAGCUACCUAAACUCGUGCAGAAACACGUCAUCGGGUCUAACGGUAGUGUCGCACUGAACUGCGCCUUUGCAUGCCGUCAAAUCAAAGGCACUCCUUCGAUAUAAAUGAAAACGUGUCAGUUUGUCACUUUCACGAGGUUGGAGUUAUGACAUGUUCACCUACUUAAAACAUUGUCUCGAAUCUAGGUUGAAAAUUAACUACUAAGAAAGAAUUGUCCACUUCUCUCAUUUACUUCCCAAACCCCAGACUGGUCUGUCGAGUCGGCUUUGCGAAGCGCUCCUGGAAGUAUCACGAUGUUGGGCCUCUGGGUUUAGAAACUCUGUGAUCAUAGCAAUGAGUGAAUGACGGUUGUGACUAGAGGGAAUACAUCUACGAGCGGAAGUGACUUUACGUAGCAGGUUAGGAGAGCAUUUGAGCUAACCCUAACCCUUUUAUAACCUUCACCUAAGUCUCCUAAUCAACCACGUUAGUUAGCCUAACUUGCUGCGUAAAUUCUCAUAAUCUGCUAUGAAAAAGUCACUUCCGGUCAUGGCUGUACUCCCUUCUAGUCAGAACCAUGAAUGACAGAUCUCUUGCAAGUAGUCAUCAUAAACUUAAUGCUUUUAAAGAUACACUGUACCAUUUUCAAUGUAAUUCAUCUCAAUAGGAAAAUAGUGCUUUUACAUAAUGUAGAAACCUAAUAUUCCCCACAUUUUAGCUUUUUAUAAUAAACAAAUGUAUUUACAGCGUUACAUAUUAGAUUCUAGGGCACAACAUGUGCUUCAGAAAGAAAUAUAAUUCAUAUAGGCUCCUAAUUUUUUUUGGUGUGAUCCUAACUUUUUAAAGUUGGGAGCACCAGUGCUACCAAUUAACAUUUUUUAUUUAGAGACUGACCAUAACAUGCUGUAAAGUAGCAGUGUGUUGGUAUACUAACAAUUAGGGAUGUUCUCUGUAUAUUUUUUAAUACUUAUUUAUAGAAACACUUUUUGUGUAAUAUAUGCUUUUUAUUCAAGGUCUUAAAAGAGGGGUUAAACUGUAGAUUAUAUUACCUUCCAAACGGUUGGUAGUUUUAGCUUUGCCUUAUAAGAAUGCUCAUGGAUGUGUAUAUUGAUGGGGAUUGAAAGGUGAAAAUAAAGAUGUUGUUGGUGUUACACUCAGUCUUACUGUCACAAUAAACAGAGUCAACUUGAUAGGA